GCAAUGCAGACGACUUAGAUAUCAAACAGGUAGUCGAUCGGUUCCCAACUUUAGCCGUGGAGGAAGCAAUCUGACCGAUUACCUAUGUAGCUAUGAAGUGGAGCUGCUUUGGGGGAAUUACCCUUCUUCUGGGAGUAAUUGGAGUAAUUUCGGACACUCAACACAUCCUCUGGGGCCAGUGUUACUCGAACUGUCUCUCCCAACAUUUGGAUAUCGCACAGAACCCAAACAGGACAAGGACUGGAUCUUCAAAUUUGAUAAGAAAUUGCCAGAAAAUCAGAGACUGCAAAACUUGUCUGUUUGUAUGUGAUCGAUCACCUGGCAAGAACUACACCUCCCUAGACAACUGCAAAUAUGACUGUGAUGUAAGUAUUGGUGUGAAGUAUCCCAACUAUGCCAGCUGCAGGAGGAGCUGUUCAUUCCUGGCUAAAGCAGCUGAGUCCAAGGUGGGCAGCUGUCCCAGCAAGAAGACCAUGUCCGGCUUCAAGGCAGCGUGUGUUCCAGAGUGCAACCAUGAUGGAGACUGUGCAGGCAGCAACAAGUGCUGUGGCAAUGGCUGUGGCUUCACCUGCCAGGAACCCACGAGCGAUCAAGGUUUGCCCAGGAAGCCAAGCAACAUCGUGUUUGAAACCAGGAAAGAUGGCAGCGUUGUGAUCAGCUGGGACCUGCCCCAAGGGAGAUGGAUGCGACAUGUUGCACAACCCUUUGUCUACGUUGUUCGGUGGCGGACUCUGUCUGGCAAAGGAGUCAACUACAAAGUGACUGACCGGAAGUUCGUGAAGCUGCGAGGGAUCGUGCCGGCCAGUACGCUGAACGUCAUAAUAGCAGCAGUCAACAUACACGGAUCCAAGGGAUUCACUUCAGUAUCCAAACAUACCAAAGAAUUUACGAAGCCUUCCCCUCCAGCCAACUUUGAGGAAGGCGAUUCCACUGUGCAUGAUGGGAAGGUAGAUGUUGAGAUAUUGUGGCAGCCACCCCAUCGCACCGAUGGACUUCCCAUCAACAGAUAUAUUGUGAUGCGUAGUGAAGGACUGCCCCAGUCCAGUGCUAAUUAUCAAAGAGUGAAUAUGUUAAAGUACAAGUUACAGCCGAAUAAACACAAGUUUUUGCUGAGAAAUCUUGAACCAGGAAGCAGAUACUUUGUACAGGUAUACGCCACUGUGCGCUGGCGGAACAGGAUACAGAAGGGAAGAAUGGCAUCAAUGUAUAUUGUCACAUACUCUCCACCAACGCAGGCAUGCUGUGACCAUGUGACCCGGAAGCCGUGGGUAUCAGAUAACUCUGUUGUGUACAACAUCACAGUGGACCAGAGUUUCUACUACAGUGGCGUCUUGAAGACCAGGAUCGAAUGGAGGACUGUCACAGAGGAGAGACUGGAGAAGUAUAUUGUGUACGGGCAGUGAGCUGUGACCGCCUUGGUGACAGAAGGAACUUCCACCAUCCAGAAUUGAGUGCCACCACGCAUGAUCAGGAGUUCAACCUCUACAACCUACACUACAGCUGCAACUACACCGUCCAAGUCCGACCAAUCAAUGCAUUUGGGGAGGAGCUGGCAGCAUCAGUAGCCAGUUUCUCCACCCCCCACUGUGUUGA